CACCUCAGCUGCCUUAGACCACAAAGACGGAGGAGACAGUCAUUCAUUCAACAUUGGAUGCUUUGCACAAACUUCUUCAUUUUGGUUACUGAAUUAUAAAGAAAGAUGAGCACCUUAAACAAGCGAAUCCAAGACUAUAUGCUGGAGAGGAGAAGGCGACGCACCAGAUUAGUAACUAAAGAUGGGCGCUGCAACAUUGAGUACGGAAACAUCAAGUAUAGCACCCACUUCGCCUUCCUAGUUGACUUCUGGACCACCUUUGUAGAGAUCAGGUGGCGUUUUGUCCUCUUAUUUUUCAUUGCAUCUUUUACUCUCAGCUGGUUUCUCUUUGGCCUGCUGUGGUACUGGAUUGCCCGAAGCAAUGGAGAUCUGACAUGGCAAGAGCCCACUGCUGAUCACGCUGCAUGCGUUGACAAUGUUGUUGGACUCACUACAGCCUUCCUUUACUCACUUGAAACCCAGACAACUAUUGGGUACGGUGGACGAGCAAUCACUCCUGAAUGUCCUGGUGCUGUUGCACUAAUCAUUAUCCAGUCUCUCAUUGGGGCGGUUAUCAACUGCUUCAUGUGUGGAAUCAUCCUGUCCAAGAUCUCCUUGCCAAAAAAGAGGGCCAAGACCAUCACAUUUAGUGAGAUGGCUGUCAUCAGUCCCAGAAAUGGCUCUCUCUGCCUGUCAAUCAGAGUAGCCAACCUUCGCAAGACCCUAAUGAUUGGUAGCAACAUCUAUGGCAAGCUGUUGAGAACGACAACCACACCAGAUGGUGAGACGAUCAUCAUGGAUCAAGUGAAUAUUGAGUUCAUGGUAGAUGCUGGAAAGGACAACCUGUUCUUUGUAACCCCUCUCACGUUGCAUCACGUUAUUGACAAGAGCAGCCCAUUCUUCGACAUGGCGGUAGACACUCUACAUGAGAAAGAGUUUGAGCUUGUGGUCUUCUUAGAUGGUACUGCAGAGUCUACAAGUUCUUCCUGUCAGGUGAGAACCUCCUUUAUCCCCCAGGAGAUCAUGUGGGGCUACAGCUUCUUGCCGAUCAUCUCCAGAAGCAAAGAGGGCAAAUACAGAGUAGAUUUCUCCAACUUCUCCAAAGUGGUGCCGGUAGCCACUGCACAUUGUGCAUACUGCUACCACAACAUCAAGGGACACCAUCUGCAUUCUAGAGACGGACUUGACAACCGGGGCUUUGAAGUGAUCGAAAUCGACAACCCUCAAAGUGUCACUAAGAUGUGAAACACUGAUUCUCAAAGGACAGACAGUUAUGAUGGCCUUCCUGGCUGACCCAGAGGCAUAUGGCGUAAAAACUGAUUUAAACCUGAGACAAUCAAAACCAGAUGAUUUGUUAUUCUUUUGUAUUGACCACAGAUAAAAACCUGAGGGGUCAGGGCACUCAUUGUGAGUUUUGUAUGCAUCUGUAUGUAAAACCACACCUGUGAUUGUCUGCUGAUGAAAAACCUGUUUUCAGAUUGGAGUUCAGGUCAUGUAAGCUGAUGAAGCAUGGUAAACAAAACCCUUCUUUGGUACUGCGGAUGUUUGAAUGACGAUGUGUAGACUUCCUUACUUUUACCUUUGGUAUUACAUCUCAGUGUCUUUCACUAUAACAGGCUAAAACACCAAAAAGGUAAUUGAUGAAGGAGUUUUUUUGAAUAUUUAACAUAGGCUGUUUUUCACAAAGCAACACUUUUACUUGAACCAGUAUGUUAAACUGUUCAGAUAAAGGCACUAGUCAAGGGCUGGUCUCCUCAGCCAGUCUUUUAAAGCUGUGAGUAAUAUUGUUGUUGUUUUUUCUUCACAAAUUACCCUAUUAAGAGGGAAUACAUCUCUCAGGAAAUGCUUAACUUGGCUGCAUGCAGCAAACCCAUUUAUAUUGUAUAGUCUUUUUUUAUUUGAUUUUCUUCUCUA